UGACAUGGGACGGUCAGGAUGGACACAUGAAUGCGGAUCUGGAUAGGGAGCUUUAACACACAUGGAUGCAGCUCUCCAGAAAGGGUUACAGACCUCCAUUAAUCCUGGCAUCUUCCGGAUGAGAGACGGCAGGAAUGACUUCCUUCAUUUUCACCGUCUCCGUGCUGUGCCUGCUGCCUCAUUCGGCGCUGGCGCGGUGGGCGUGCGUCCGGGCCUGCCCGCCAUCCUGCUCUUGCACACAAGAGAAGAGCUGCAGCGUGCUGUGCGACCGCGCCGGCCUGGCCGAGCUGCCCAGAGAGUUCCCCUGUGAGGCGUCCGCCAUCAACCUGGAGAAGAACCGGCUCAAGUUCCUGUCGGAGCGGGCCUUCGGGACCCUGCCCUCGCUCAAGUCUCUUUCUCUGGACCACAACAACAUCUCCUUCAUGACCCCGGGAGCUUUUAAGGGCCUCUCGAACCUGCUGGAGCUGAAAAUGGCCCACAACGAGUACAUCAGCUACCUUCACACCCGGACGUUCACCGGGCUGAAGAAGCUGCUGCGGCUGGACCUGUCCGACUGCAACCUCUUCAACAUCCCCGACCGCAUCUUCAUCGAGCAGACCGCCAUGACGGAGCUGCUGUGCUUCCAGAACAACUUCCGCAGGAUCCCAGGGGCCAUCCGGGGCAUGGAGAACCUGACGCACAUCUACCUGGAGAGGAACAAGAUCGAGGCGGUGGCCUACAACUCGCUGCUGGGCCUGGGGAGCCUCAGGUACCUGAACCUCCAGGAGAACCGCAUCAAUGUGAUCCAUGACAACGCCUUCCAGGACCUGGUGCGGCUGGAGAACUUCUACCUCAACGACAACCUGCUGUCCGACCUGCCCCGGCUCGCCUUCAGGGGGCUCAGCCGCCUCAAGAUGCUCAACCUCGGGGGCAACCAGCUGAUCAACGUGUCCAAGACGUGGUUCGGUGACUUGGCGGAGCUGGAGGUCCUGUACCUGGACCGGAACCAGCUGCUGAACAUCGAGGAGGGCGCCUUUGAGAACCUGACCAGCCUGAUCACACUCCACCUGAACAGCAACAACCUGACCACGCUUCCCCUCAGCGUUUUCCAGCCCGUCUACUUCCUGGGCCACCUGUACCUCUUCAAAAACCCCUGGGAGUGCGACUGCGCCCUGGACUGGCUCAAGCAGUGGAUGGAGAGCUACAAGCUGGUGCGGGACAUCCCGUGCACCUCGCCGUCCUCCGUGGCGGGCCUGGACCUCAGCCAGGUGGUGUUCCCCACGGCGAACGGCACGUGCGUCGACCCCGCCGAGCUCAACCUGACCACGGCGUCCUCGGAGGUGCAGCCCACCACGGAGAACCGCUUCAACAGCCUCAUCUCCAAGCUGCUGCAGCAGGAGCUCAGGGAGGAGAUGGGGAACGGGACAGAGAGCGCGCGCAACGCGACGCUGCCGGAGCCGGAGGAGGGUCAGCUGUCAGCGGGCGUCGGAGGCCGGGGGACGCAGGCGGUUCAAUCGCUGCUCUGCUUCAUGGUGACAUGGCUGUUCUGUGGUUUAUUCCGUCUGUUACAUGCCAGUCUCUGUCUUUGCUGUACGUGAAGAGGAGAACUCUAGCGCCGAGAGUUUUAAUAUCGCUUCUGAGUUAAAAUGUGCUUUUAUUUCUCCCAGGAGGUCAGAAGGCUUGUUGUCCAUUGUAGGAGCCUCUGAGUCGACUUUUGGA